UUGUCAAGCAGGAUAUGACGAGAGCUUGAAACGAUACAUUCCGGCCAGAUUUAAGCAUUGAGAUGGAGUCUCGCUCAGCAAAGCGGAGGAGGGUUUCCGGCGUACCAGAUGAAGAUGGCGACAUUGAAAUCCCCGAAAUACCUCCAAGCGCUCAUUACGAAGACGAAUCCACGGAAAUGGACAUUGAUGACCCAGAAGUCGACGCAGCUCUUGCCGCCACUCCAUCUAAAUCAUCCCGAAGAAAAUCUACGAAACCAGUCGCCGUCGAAGAUAAUGACACUUCUUCACGGAGUGUUAGGGCAAGUGGACGACAACGAAAAGCGCCUGUGAGAUACGAGGAUGAGAUACAGAAUGUUGAGACUCCUCGUCGAUCUAGAUUGUCUGCGGUGACACCCUCAAAGACGACCGUGUCAGUUAAUGGCUCGCAUAAGGGAAGAAAGAAGGCUGAGAUCGAGACCGCCGAGUCGAAAAGUCGAUCGCCGGACGUUGAUAUCCCAUUGUCACGGAGGAAAGGAACAAGACUGUCAACGAAAAGAGAAAGUCAGAAUGAGUCUGAUAACUCGUCAGAUUCGGAUAAAGAAGACACCGAUACAGAACUGGGUAUGAUGAACGGAGGAUUGGACGAUAGCUACGAUCCAGUGGCUUCCCAUUUACAGGAAGAUUUACUACAGGGCGUUGAUGCUACUGAAGAAACGAGCCAACUUAACCCAUUGCCCGAAUAUGCAGAGACUUUCAAAAGCGUAUGUGAAUCAGAGUUUCGACACGAAAUUGGUCUUUUGAGCAAAUUUGUUUUGGAGAAACUCACCGGGAAACGAUUGUCAUCAUUGAAGGGUCUGGACGCAGAAUAUCAAAAAGUCUAUCAGCUCGUAGAGCAGACAGUCACGGCUGGCGAAGGAAACUCAAUGCUACUAAUGGGCUCGCGGGGAAGUGGAAAGACGACGAUGGUAGAAUCGAUUAUCUCUUCGCUGACGAAACAACAUAAAGAUGAUUUUCACGUGGUUCGCCUAAAUGGUUUCUUCCACACAGAUGACCGUCUUGCUCUCCGAGAAAUUUGGAGACAACUCGGUCGUGAAAUGGACACGGAAGAUGAAGCUUCCAAAAUCAACAGCUAUGCUGAUACAAUGGCAACCCUAUUGGCGUUGCUGUCACAUCCGGAAGAACUUUUGAGCAGCUCAGAGAAUACUAAUGGUAUCACGACUGCGAAAUCAGUGGUAAUAAUUCUCGAUGAAUUCGAUCUUUUUGCGACUCAUCCGCGACAGACGCUACUAUACAAUCUUUUUGAUAUUGCGCAGGCGCGAAAAGCACCAUUGGCAGUCCUGGGAUUGACGACGAAAGUGGAUGUCACCGAAACGCUUGAGAAACGUGUCAAAAGCCGCUUCAGUCACCGUUACGUGUACCUACCUUUAGCGAGAUCGUUCGAGGCAUUCUCAGACGCUUGUCUUUCUACUCUAUCGGUGGAGGCUGGUGAGGUCGAAGCAAGUCAUAUCUCUGUUAGCAAGACAGGCAAAUUCCCGCAACUCUUGGAUGCGUGGAACGCAUACUUAAAGAGCCUUUGGGAGGAUAAGGAUUUUGAAACCCAUUUGCAACGAAUUUACCACCAAACGAAGUCCGUCAAGGAAUUCUAUUCCAGCGCGUUGCUCCCAAUAUCAAAUCUCUAUCACAGUACAUCCAGCGUAGAGAGCGGCCAUACAAUUAAUCUGGAGAUUCCAACGCCGGAAAGCUUCACGGCCCAAACUCUGACAUGCCCGGACCCCGGCCCCCUCCCUUUCCCAUCCUCCAUGACAGGUUCAACAAGCGCAACCUCUCUACCUCUAUCUCUCCUACUAGCAGCAACACGUCUAACUGCUCUUUACGACCCCGGCUCGGAUAUCGCCAAUUCACAAUCCCUUGCCCUUUCGUUCCCAGCCGCCUACGCAGAAUACGUCCGUCUAUUGACUUCCGCAAAAGCUACUGCUUCCGCUCAGGGAGCUGCUGCUACGGGAGGACGAGUCUGGGGCCGUGAUGUUUCGCGAGAAGCUUGGGAGAAGCUUGUGAAUUGGGGACUUGUUGUGCCGCUUGGAUCGGGCAAUGGGACGACUGAUGGGACGAUGUUUAGAGUUGAGAUUAGUUUCGAGGAAGUUGCUGAUAUGGUUGGUGGUGGAGGGUCGUUGGGGAAAUGGUGGCGUGACUGA